UGAAAGUUAAGUCUUUCAUAGUUUUCGACUUCAGUGAGCAUAUUACUGAAGUACUACACUCUGUGUAGGUAGGGAAAAUGGACGUACCAAUGUUCAGGGGAUACAAGAUAACUGCAAAGUGACAAAGACUCCUCAGCUCUGCAGUACACACUGAAUUUAAAAUGGAUAAUUUGGACCUUGCUACUCAGAUUACAGGCAUAUGGUAAGAAUCGUUCUUGGUUCCUGAAGACUUCCAAACCUGGGUGGUGAUGGCUUCCAGAUUUCAGCACGCAAUGAUUCUUCACAUUAUACUUUUCCUACAGAUAGUUCAUUUGGUCAAAGGCCAGUUUAGAAUGAUACCCCCUUACGAUCCUGUGCUUGGAGUUGUUGGAAAAGGAGCCAUCCUGCCCUGCCAGCUGGAAGCUGAGACAGUCCCCAAGGAAAUAAAUGUUCAGUGGAUAUUCAUUCAAAAUACCCAAAGCAUUGAAGUGGCUACUUAUGAUGGAAAAGAUGUACAAUAUCCAGUAAGAGUGACCAGGCCAUACCUGGGCCGAUCCAGUUUCUUUCCGAGUGAAGUUAAUAAGGGAAACUUAUCCCUUCACCUGAAAAACGUCAUGGUCUCUGAUAAAGGAAAAUACCUCUGCAGUGUCUCUUUGGAGAACUGGUAUGAUGAAGUGGUGGUUGACCUGGAUGUGGCAGCUCAAAGUGAUAAGUCUGAAGUUUUCCUGGAUAGCUAUGUGGGUCAGGGCAUUGGACUCAACUGCAAGUCACAGGGAUGGUUUCCAGAGCCUGCAGUAUAUUGGCUGGACAGCAAAGGACGGAUACGGGAGGACAAAGUGAUCACACGAAACCUGCAGACAUCUUCUGGCCUUUUUGAUGUUGUCAGUUCCUUGACCAUUGAACCAGGAUCUGACAUGGAAGUCUCCUGCAGAGUAGUCAAUGGUCUCCUCAACACAGCACGUCAAUCGCGAGUCCUGAUUUCAGAUGUCUUCUUUCCAUCCACUUCACCUUGGAUGACUGCCUUCCUUGUAACUUUAUUUUGCUCUCUGGCUGUUAUCGCUGCUCUGGUCUAUAAGCUGAAGAUUGAUCAGACAAGAAGACAAAAAGAAGAAACAAUGUUGGAUGAGCUCAAAAAGGGGAAAGAGGAUUUGGAGAAAGAAUUAGAUGCACAAGAGAAGCUACACACUGCAGAACUCUCUGAAACAAAAUCUAAACAUGAUAGAACUGAAGCAGAGUUGGAGUUCCAUAAAGCUCGAGAAAUAGCAGUUACCAUCACUGUGAUUCCUGAAUUCCAGCUCCUUGAGAUCCAGGUGCCACGGGCUCCAGUUGUUGAGGACAAAGCAUGUAAACUUGCUGGCCUGAGUAGCCUCUCUACAGUCCCUGUCCUGGUGGCAAAGGAAGGGUUUACAGCUGGGAAACACUAUUGGGAAGUGGAGGUGGGCCAGCAACAGGACUGGGUGCUGGGGGUCGUAAGGCAGAAAGGGAAACAAGAGGACUACUGGGCUCUUCGUAGAUCCAAUGGAGUGACUUUCUCCAUCAAAGGAAACAACAGGCCAGAGAGUACGGCUAUCAAUGUCCCAGUGAUUGGUGUGCUUCUGGACCUGGAGGAAGCACAAAUCUACUUUCAUGAUGCAGUGCAUGAGAGCUCCUUUCAGAGAAUACAAAUAAGCCCUGAAAAGGAAUCUACAGUAGUGUUUUACCCUUUUCUAUCAAAAGGGGAAGGGAGAUUCAAGCCUGUUUGCCAUCAAAAUAUUCCUGUUCCAUUAGAGAUUCCUUAAAAAGCACAGAGAAUUGACAGUUCAGUCAAAGGUGGAAGAGAAGAAUUAAGAACAAACUUCAGCAUCAUGUAA